AUCCCCUGUUGUCGAGAUACCUUCCAUAUUCUUCAGAGUAGCGAUGGAUCUCCUCAUUGGAUCAAAUCGAUGGACCUAUUCUUCCAUUUUUAGGAUUCUGAGAGUUAUGACCUACUCCACGGAGACACUCCGCCGCCCCAACACCUCCACUUCAAAGCCAACCGAUACUCUCCACACUCGCGUCUCUCGAUCCGGCGAUCCCAAAUCUUCCGUCGUCCCUGUGCUCAACAAAUGGCUCGAAGAGGGCAAACCCAAGAAGCAAUCUACGCUCCAAGUUAUAAUCCGGCAUCUCCGCAGUUUCCGACGCUAAAAUCCUUAUUUUCUAAGAUUGCCCCAUGUGCAUGUGACACCUGAAUCUUAAAAAAAUUGAUACUUUGGCAGGUAUCGGAGUAUAUGAGCGAAGAAAUGAAAUACAAUACUUCAGUUGGAGAUAUGGCUGUAAGGCUGGAUUUCUCAAAAGUGCACGGCAUGGAUCAAGCCGAGAAAUAUUUCAACAGUCUUCCUGAGGCUAUGAGAACUUUCCAGGUACAUGGUGCCCUUUUAAAUUGCUAUGGGAAUCACAAAUGUUUAGAAAAAGCAGGGGACACCUUCCGAAUCAUGAGGGAGUCGAAGCUUCCGAAUUUUGCAGUGUCCUAUAAUGUAAUGUUAAAUCUCUACAAUCACCUAGGAAAACAUGACAAAUUAGAUUCUCUUAUGCAAGAGAUGGCGUGUAACGGAAUUAAGCAUAAUGCUUUAACGAACAACAUUCGACUGAAUGCUUAUGCCUCAUCUUACGAUAUCGAAGGGAUGGAGAAACUCCUGAGCAGGAUAGAGAAUGAUGUUGAAAUCUCUAUGGAUUGACAUGCUUAUGUUAUUGCAUCAAAUGGGUAUUUGAAAGCCAACUUAACUGAAAAG